AGUCACAUUUCAGCCGCUGCUCUGAGAAUUUAUCGUGAGCAGCCUCUGCCGGGCUGUUAACUUCACUAUAACUGAAGAUAUGAUCAUCUUAAUUUACUUAUUCGUCUUGCUGUGGGAAGAGGCUCAAGGAUGGGGAUUCAAGAAUGGAAUUUUUCAUAACUCCAUAUGGCUUGAACAAGCAGCGGGCGUAUACCACAGAGAAGCCCGGUCUGGCAAGUACAAGCUCACCUACGCAGAAGCUAAGGCGGUGUGUGAAUUUGAGGGCGGUCGUCUUGCCACCUACAAGCAGCUAGAGGCAGCCAGAAAAAUUGGAUUUCAUGUCUGUGCUGCUGGAUGGAUGGCCAAGGGCAGGGUUGGAUAUCCCAUUGUGAAACCAGGGCCCAACUGUGGAUUUGGAAAAACUGGAAUUAUUGAUUAUGGAGUCCGUCUCAAUAGGAGUGAAAGAUGGGAUGCCUAUUGCUUCAACCCACAUGCAAAGGAAUGUGGUGGUGUCUUUACAGAUCCAAAGCGAAUUUUUAAAUCUCCAGGUUUCCCAAAUGAGUACGAAGAUAACCAGGUAUGCUACUGGCACAUUAGACUCAAGUAUGGUCAGCGUAUUCACCUGAGUUUUUUGGACUUUGACAUUGAAGAUGACCCAGGUUGCUUGGCUGACUAUGUUGAAAUAUAUGACAGUUAUGAUGACAUCCAUGGCUUUGUGGGAAGAUACUGUGGUGAUGAGCUUCCAGAAGACAUCAUUAGCACAGGAAAUGUUAUGACCUUGAAGUUUCUGAGUGAUGCUUCAGUAACAGCAGGAGGUUUCCAAAUCAAAUAUGUUGCAGUGGAUCCUGUAUCCAAAUCCAGUCAAGGAAAAAAUACAAGUACUACUACUGGAAAUAAAAACUUUUUAGCUGGAAGAUUUAGCCAUUUAUAAAAUAAAACAAAAAGGAUACUCAAAUUAUACAAUGUUACGUCUUUUGGAAACCUUUUGAUCUCACUUUUGUAUUAUUAUUGUUGUUAUUGUUAAUGUUUAUUUAUUAUUUUUCUAAAUGUGAAAGCAAUACAUAAUUUUGGAGAGAAUUGAAAAAUACAGAAAACUUCAAAUGAAAAUCUCUUAUACUCUCACUACAUAGAGAUAACUAGUGUUAACAUUUUUAUAUUUUUUUUUUUCAUUUUUUUUUACUUGUGGUAUGGUAUAUGUAUAUAUGUAUAUAUGUGUGUUUGUAUUUGAAGUUUGGAAUCCUACUCUAUGUACAGUUUUAUAUGCUGUUUUUCUUUAACCUUAAACUUUUUAGCCUAAGCAUUUUCCCAAAUCAUUGUGUAUUCUAUAAAAUCAUUAUUUUGAACAGCUGUAAAAUUUUCCAUGGUAUGAUUAUUUCGUACUUUAUUUAAACCUCUCUAUUGUUGGAAUUUUAGAUUGUUUUCAUAAAUAUUGCUGAAUAAAUAUUCUUG